AUGCUUCCCUUAAUCAUCUUGAACAUAGUAAUCUAUAUAACUAAGACAUCAAUACCAUGGAAGUUUUAUUUCAUGGUGAACAUUCUAAAUUAUUCUAACUCUUUUGUCAAUCCGAUUCUGUACGUAUUCAGAAUUCCUGAGUUUCAGCAAGCGCUGCGUUCUUGCUGUACGAAGAGGAGACCAACCAUUAAGUAAAAACCAAAAGACGAAACCGAAAAGUUGCACCCACAACGCCAGAGAUAGAACUAAGAAUAUUACGAAACAACCCCAGUCACCUGCAAGUUGAGGUUGAACGAGAAGAUAUAUGGACACUAAGUUUUGGUCAGCUGAGAUAAGAGGACCGCCGCAUCGUUACUUAGUAGUGACAUCCAUAAGAGGCAGAAGCCAUAAAUGUGAACUAUUGGAUAACGUUCUUAGAUUUUCAAUUUUUUGCUUCACAGAGCCUUGUUGUUGUAUUGGGUUGCUUUUUGCAGCAGCAGUUUACACCAGUUAAGUUUGAAUUUCAUCCAACCAUAGAAAUAUGCUGUAUCAUUUAUCCUAACUGAGCAAAGUAUCGUCUCAUUUUACGAAAAAAUAAAAUCAUAAAUAUGAUAGUUCCAGCUCUUAAGUUGUUGCUUAAAUUAACACACCUCUACUCUUAAGGUUGUCAGAACAUGUUAAUGGCCAUCUUACGGACCGUGCCCUCAAGAGUGUGAAAUAAAAAAUAAGAUAAAAUAAAGAGCGUGCAGCUGUAACUGCUGUAACUAAAGUUUAAGAAUGUUACUUUGCCAUUUACUAUGAGGAGAACGAUGGCCUGUUUAGAUCAAAUACAAAUUAAAACAUAUUUCAAGAACACCGAAUGCACAAGACACCUGCACCAGCGGUAAAUCAGCCCGUGGACGCUUUAAUUUUGACAUAAAAAAAAUACGAACAAGAAGUGAUUUUGAAAAGCAUUUCACUAUAAAAAAUUGCGAUAAAACAUUUCUUAAAAUCAUUUCAAGAUUAAAAAAAUUGCUAAAAAGCGACGACGUUUCGACGUUAGCUGAACGUCAUUAUCAAGUCAAAAUAAGUUAGUGAUUUUUGGUCUAUAAAUACUAAAAAAAAACAACAAUAGCUGAUUAAAAAAAUUGUAACGUGAGAAAAUAUCAAACAAAGAGUUUCGCACGUAUGGAGUCCGUCUGAAUAUUUAAAUUGGGCUUAAGUUUCUUAAUGAAGAGCAUUUCAAAUACUAAGCAAUCAAAUUUGCUCUGGCACUUUCUUAAAACCGUGAAUUGGCUUUCUCUCAAAAGGUUGUUGUUACCAUGAGCUUCUAAGAAAGCUCUUUUUACCAAUGUACCUUUAGAUGAGACUAUCAAAAUCUUAGUCAACAAAGCCUUCACUGGUGAUUGGUUCAACAAAACCUAUGGCCUUAAUCUGCAACAGGACCAGCUUGCUAGACUACUCGAAAUUGCCACAACCAAUCAGCUUUUCCAGUUUAAUGGUCAACUCUACCAACAGACAGAUGGUGUGGCCAUGGGCUCGCCCCUUGGUCCUCUAAUGGCCAAUGUCUUCAUGUGUCAUCUUGAAGAAAAGCUUACACGCGAGGGCUUGAUGCCCCAGUUGUACAAGAGGUACGUCGAUGAUACUCUGGCUAGAAUGCCUAGCGUUGAUGUUGCUGCUGAGUUUCUUAGUACCCUGAAUGGCCUACACCCCAGUCUAACAUUUACGAUGGAGCUUCCUGUGGAUAACAAGAUCCCUUUUAUUGGCAUUGAAAUCGUCAAGAACGGAACUAAACUUGAAACUCAAGUUUACAGAAAACCAACAAACACCGGAUUGCUCCUACAUUUCCAAAGUCACACGGAUAAACGCUAUAAAGACUCUUUGUUACAGACAAUGAUACAUCGUGCCUAUUCCUUGUCGUUUUAAUCAGCUAUUGUUGUUUUUUUUUUGGUAUUUAUAGACCAAAAAUCACUAACUUAUUUUGACUUGAUAAUGACGUUCAGCUAACGUCGAAACGUCGUCGCUUUUUAGCAAUUUUUUUUAAUCUUGAAAUGAUUUUAAGAAAUGUUUUAUCGCAAUUUUUUAUAGUGAAAUAAAAAAUACCACGAAAUAAUUUUUUCCUCUGAACUUAAGGCAGAGUCAGGCUUGAUGUUCGUAAUAUAAAAACAGCCCUUCGUGAAAAGUUACCAUGAGGUCAUUUUUAUCCGCACGUGCGAAGAGAAAUUCUGGUAUUUCAUCGAUAUCCAUAUUAUCAAACUUUGUACAAGAGGGCGCUGAAAACAGCUGAGUUCUUUCCGUCGGACUGUUUCCAAUCAGACAAAGGUUUGAAAGUUAAGUACCUCUAUGCCUUAAAUGAUCUCAGUUUCACGGGAAUCACAAUUAAAACUAGUGGAGUGGAAAUUGUUGAUAAGCAAUCGAAUUUUUUCAUGUGUGGAGACUAGGAAAUAUAAUGUCUCUUAUUUUAAUAUAUAAAUUCAUUCAAUCACACAGAUGUAUCCGGUUACCUCGACAGGAAAGAGAACUCUAAUAAAACGUCCAGUCAUCGUAACUUUAGUUCGUCUAUCAUGAACCCAUAAUCUAAUUAUUAAUUUCUUAUUUUCAGACGUUGAGGCACUCGAGAUCUCUCUCUCGGCUAAAAUGUGACUAAAUACAUUUUUGACAGAUCAACUGACAAAAAGAGGAAAUGGUUUAUAUUGUAAGAUAAUAACUAAAAAUAGCAUACUGCAUAGAAUUACAGAUGCGUGAAGCACAUUUUCUCUGAAAGGAUAAAAACGCUUUUUUUUCUUAAAACAUUAAGGAAUAUUUUCUCUAUUUUCUCUUGCCAAGAAAUGGUGACGGUUUUACGAGUUAGGUAAUCUGAAGACUGAUCACUAACGAAGAGUCUUAAGGAAAAACGAACCUGACGAGAGUGUUAAAGUGUGUGGCUCCGAGUGUGUUAAUAAAAAAUACCUAAACAGCUGUUGCAAUUUGAUGAAAAGGCAUGACGCUAAAAGGACACUGAAUUCAUGAGGUACUCAAAUAAAAUGUGCUGUCGAUGACGGCAAAGAGAUCACGAAAUUAUCACGACCGACAUAGAUGGAAAAAAAAUCUCCAAACAUUGAUCGAUUGAGGAAAAAACCUGUGACUGACCCUCUGCGAGAAGAUGUUACUGCAAUUCCGUGUCGCAAGCUGCUUUCCUCUAUUUCUUUUAGAAUAUCGUGUCAUUCUCGGAAAAGAACAAGGAAAAUCGAGAAAGGGAAAAAAUUAUCAGAUACGCAAACGGAAGAACACCCAUCAAAUCUUCGACAUAAGCAGUCCUCCAGAGUACGAGCUGUCUCUCCUUUUCGGUCCAGUCUGUUGCGUGAGUCUAAAAAGGUGACAAAAAAAUAAAUAAAGAAAUAAAGAAGCAAACAAACAAAAGCGCGUGUCGCGGAAUGACAAAAUUCAUAAUUCUUUUCGACAACGUCGGCAAUGGAGUAUAAAUCAAAGGGCUCUUUGAGCCUGCUCAUUCAUGUUAUGGCUUAAGUUUGUAUUGAUUUCUUGGACUUGAUGAAUAUAGGUACAGUUGAAUUCAGUUUAUGUGAACUUUCAAGACUUAUGGAAUAAAUGUUUUCAUUUUAUUUUUGGGCAGUUGUGUGAUAAGAAAACUUUUGCAUUCGUCGUGAUGAGAAUUGGAAAAAAAACUUGUGUGGGCUGGAGGUGGGAUGGGCAGAGAUCAUUAGGCAGACAGUGUCCUUUUUGUUGGUGUGUGUGUGUGUGUAUUUAUGGGGCGGAAGGUGGGCUGGGUUUGGCAUAAUCAGGCAUCAAAUGUUUCUCUACCUGCAAAAUAUUAGUAACCCUCAUCUCUCACGAUCAUCUGCAUUAUUUAAUGAAGAUUAAUCAUCUCUCAUUGAGAAAUGAUGACGCCCCAGUCGGCUUUUAAAAGAAAUUUUCAUACGGGUUAUACAGGCAAGAAAUUUGUUUAAAAAGGCUUACCACUCAGUAAUAAAAAAAUACAUGAACACCUAUUACGUUUUUUUGAUAAACGGACAUUUAAUUUAUUGUGACACGAAGGGUUCUACGUGGCACAGUAUUUGUUCAAACUCAUUGCCUACUCCAACUACACAAACACCAUGAUAUUUACAUAAAUUUCUGUUAAAAUCCCUCCGAUUAAACUGACCGUUGCAAUAAAACACCAUGUAACAUGCCCGUCUCUUCGCAGGGGAAACCUCACUAGGGAAUUUCAACUGAUCAAGAAGUAAUGUGGGUGUAUGCCCUCAUAUAUUCUGCAAACAAAUAACGAAUAUCACCCGGGAAAUAUUCAGUGAAGAAGUGCAUUUAUACCAAGCGCGUGAGAGCUGUCAUACUUUCCGAAAAUCAAACACUCAAGGGAAAAGAGUAUUAAAGGUAGAGAAAAAUUUGAAUGAGACUGCAAUCGAUACAAGAGCAUGCCUCUUUGCUCCGAAAGAGAUUAUUUUUUAGAUUCAAGUAAAGGAAAACAUACGGUUUUCUUGAACGGAUCAGUAACCGGAUCAGUUACUGCAUCAGUUAAUGUAAAUACAAUUAACUGUAAAUAAUAAUUUUGAUCAUUUCUUUUUCUUUGCAAAAACUCAUUUAAAUCGAAUGGCGUAGGAUGACUGUUAAAUGCAAAAUUAAAAAUUGAAGAGUGUAUUAUGUAGCAUGCGUCUGGGGCAAAUUAUCCCGAAAGCAUUCUUUGUUCAUUGAAAGAUGAUAACGUCCAAGUCGGUUUGUUAAUAAAAUUUCGAACCAAGCAAGAAAUUUGUUCAAACCUUAUGAAGCGGUAAAACAGAAAAACACGCAAACACCUGUCACGUUGUUUGACGAACAGACAUAUAUCGUGACACGAAGGGUCUACGUGCACGAUAUUAUUUCGUAAUGCAUUGUCUACGUCGACAUCAUGACUGCCUUGAGUAAAAUUACUAUGACACAUAAAUGACUUUUCAGCUGUUCUUAUUUCGUGUCGUUGCAGAAGAUCGAGUUCCUCUCCUUCGAAACACCACAUUCUUUCCCGAUCAAACGUUUCAUCCCGUAAACCAUUUAGUUACACGUUAACUUUGUUUGAGGCAUUAGCAGUGAACGAAAUCCUACAAAUAAGUUCAAAUUUGCGAGAAGUUUCCAAAGCAGAAGGCAUUCGUCCUAAUCAUAACAGUAAACUUUCUUACUUUCAAAAUAACGUCUAUGAGAAAAUUACGCCCUUCUGAUCGGCUGAAAACGAGUGCAUUCCGAUGUAACACGAGUACAAAUUACUAAUAGCGCCUUCUUUUACUAUUUGAGUACGUGCUGAGUAAUCCCACCGGCUACCUAACCCUUUAACUCCAAAGAUCUCAUCAGUAAUUCUCCUUACUGUCUGCCAUACAAUUCUUAUUAUGUCAAUUUGGAGAAUUGGGUAUAAUAUCAACUGAUAAUCCCCUAAUCGAUAUUUUACUUUAUUCUCAUCACUUCUAUGCUUGAUAUUGUAUUGAUAUUGUAAGGAGAAAUUCUCUCUUAGUCACUCAUGGGAGGUAAAGGGUUGAGAGAGUUGGAACAAUAUUUGACAACUUCAACUGGAAGCUAUUAUUAGCACCAGUUUGGCUAAGUGGAGUCGUGUUUCAGAGCUAGGUUCUUUGACAUUGCGUUGAUCAAAAAAAUGUUUGAGCGACAGAAUGGGGAAUGACAGUAAAAAGAGAUGCAAUAUCCAUAUCCUUGGCCAAGGAAAUUAAAGUCACGAACGAUUUCAAGUGCGUGUUGGCUAUCUUUAAUGUAUGAUGGUAAAGUUUUGACGAUAGGAGUCAUAAACGUAUUUAACUCUAGAUUAAUUUCUUAGUAUUUCUCUCUCUAAUUGCUUUGACUCGCUAAAUUUCAACGGUGUGCGAUGACUGUUUGAUGCAAAAUUUAACAGUGCAUCUAGUAGCAUGUGUCUAGAGCUAGUUAUCCUGAAGUGUUAUUACACCGGCUUCCGUCUAGCACUAAUGGAGAUUAUCUCUCAUUGCGUAAAGAUAACUUCCUAGUCUGCUAGUGUGGAGAUUUUGAGUCACACGAGAAAUUUGUUAAAACCUUAACAAGCGUAAAACUGUUCAACUCUUGCCAUUUCAAGAGGAAAAUACAUGAACAGCUGUUACGUUCUUUGAUGAACAGCCGUUUUAAUUGACGGUAUUAGUUGAACCUGAAAUGUCUUGUCUACCUGGACUACGUGACUCCUUGAAUAUAAUUACCACGAAAUACAAAUGUCAUUUCGGUUGCUUAGUGUUGUUGCAAAAGGUUGAGUUCCUCUCCUCUGAAACAACGCGUUUUAUUCCGAAAAAAAAAACUGUUUACCGUAAUUCAUUUAGUCAUAAGUUUAAAAUGAUUGACUCGUCGGCAGUGAAUAAAACCAUGGAGAAUGCAUCUGCAUUCACAAGAAGUUUUCCUUCCAAGGAAGAAAGGAUCGCACUAUGCAGCGCUCUCAUUUUAUCUUCGGUCCUUAUCAUUGCAGGAAACUUGCUAACUCUGGUUCUCUUUGCAGUUACCAAACCACUUCGUAGGAAAAGUUUAUUUUUAGUUAUGAAUAUGGCGUUUGCUGAUUUGAUGUUAGGAGCCUUCACUCUGCCCUUCUAUAUUUUCGUUGUUGGAGGUUACUAUCAGCUUUGGACAGCAAAAUAUGACUCUGAACACAUGGCCUACAAAAUAUUUUACACAAGUUUCGAUGGCAUGUUUUUGUUAGGCUCGUAUAUAUUUGCAGCCUCUAUUUCUUGUGAGAGAUUUUAUGCCGUAUUUUGGCCCUUUAAACACCGCUCAUUAUCCACCAGAACAUACCGCAUCACCAUUAUCUUACUUUGGACAAUUGCUAUCUUGCUGUCCACAUUAACAACUUUGUUAUAUGUUUCACGUUCAUUUGAAUCUGGUUUGUAUGUUUUUAUCCCCGUCGUGUUGGGUCUAACAGUCAUUAUAUGUGUCUGUAACAUCACUAUCUGGAGAAGUUUUCAACACGAGAGUGUUACCUCACAGAAUCGAAAUGGAACUUCGCGAAACAGACGCUUAACAAAGACCCUCCUUCUAAUGUCCAUACUGGCUUUAUUAUGUUGGCUUCCCUUAAGCAUCUUGAACAUAUUAAGCUGUAUAACUAGGACAUCAAUACCAUGGAAGUUUUAUUACAUGGUGAACAUUCUAAGUUAUUCUAACUCUUUUGUCAAUCCGAUUGUGUAUGUAUUCAGAAUUCCUGAGUUUCAGCAAGCGCUGCGUUCUUGCUAUACGAAGAGGAGAACAGCCAUUAAGAUGGUAAAAAUCGAAAGACGAAACCGAAAAGUUGCACCCAGAACGCCAGAGAUAGAACUAAGAACAUUACGAAACGAUCCCACUCGCCUGCAAGUUGAGGUUGAACGAGAAGGCAUGGAAUCUAAGUUUUAG